AUGGAGGGGAUAUUCCCUGAGACAGUGAGCAACUUGUCCUCUGUUGUAAAUUCUUCAUCUUCAGUCUCAGAGCCAGGGAAUGAAGCAUUGAUCACAUUACUACUCGGCACCAUUCUGACCAUCAUGUGCCUAAUGGGGAUUAUAGGCAAUGUCUACAUCCUGGUGUUGAUGACUCUGUCCAUGAGGUUUACUGGCUCCAUGUAUGUGUAUAUUGUGAAUUUGGCCUUUGCUGAUCUCCUUUACCUCUCCACCAUCCCCUUUGUAGUGUGCACCUACUUCGUGAAGGACUGGUACUUUGGAGAGGUUGGCUGUAGGAUCCUUUUCAGCCUUGACUUUCUGACCAUGCAGGCUAGCAUCUUCAUCCUGACUAUUAUGAGUACUGAGAGAUACCUGGCAGUGGUCAAGCCCUUGGAUACAUUUCGGAAAAAUCAUGCUUCCAGAAGAAUCAUUACUUGUGCUGUAUGGUUCAUUUCCUUUCUCCUUGCCCUUCCUACCAUGAUAAUGAUUGAUCUCCGCGAAUUUAACCAGAAAGGAACAAUAAAACGUAUUUGUCACUCAACAUGGACACCAUAUGUAUACAAGGUCUAUCUGACUGUACUUUUCCACACCUGUAUAUUGGGUCCAGGGAUACUCAUUGGAUUCUUGUACUCAAAGUUGGCUCGCACUUACUGGUUAUCACAGACCACAACUUUCAACAUCAAAGGAAUGAAGAAGUCACCCAAACAGAAGAUUCUGUAUAUGAUCUUGGCUACUGUCCUUGCCUACUGUGUGUGUUUCUUGCCUUUUUGGGUAUGGCAGUUGUUCAGGCUGUAUUUCGGUGAAACUGUAAGUCUGUCUCCCAAAGCCACUGCCUACAUUAACUUUUUUGUGACUUGCUUGGCAUAUGGCAACAGUUGCAUCAACCCUUUCCUCUAUACCUUACUGACAAAAAGCUACAAAGAGUACGUGAGAAACCAACAGAGGAACUCCCUCGACUUCUCACAAAGGAAACACAAAGGAAAUUCAUCCCAAAGAUCGGUGUCUACAGGCAGUCAGCAGUGCACUGAGACUGUAUCAUGUAAUUAA